AUGACCAGGGUCGGACUCUGGUAUGAAAACUUCAUGAAAAAUGCAGGUGAGGAUCCAUCACUAACUGCUGUUCAACAACGAUGAUAUUUUGAGUUUUGGUAUUAAAAAGGCAAAUGCGCAAGCAUACUUUUUCAGUAGAAGCCAGAGGAUAACGCAUGAAAGCAUUAUGCAACAUUCUCUUCCUAUGUGUUCCUUGGUGGAAGCGGACAGAUACUGGCUGUGUAUCUAGAUGAGGUUGGUCUUCUGGGGUUGAUGAAAUAGCGCUGAUCAUCAUUACAAGCCAUGAGAAUCAACUCUAACCUACCCUCUUAAACAUGUUCAUAUUGUCGGUGCAUCUCAGUUGAAUGCUUGGCUAGAUGGCAUGAUGUAUUGAUUUAUUUUAUUGAAUCAUACACUCAACCCUUCUCUGCUGUCAAGACCCCAGGACCGAAGACUGGUUUCUCAUGUCAUCGCCACUCCCCCAGACCAUUGUAAUCGUGGCGUACAUCUACUUUGUGACGCGGCUGGGGCCCAGGCUCAUGGAGAAACGCAAGGCCUUCCACCUCAAAGAAGUUCUCAUCAUCUACAACUUCAGCGUGGUCGCCUUGUCCCUCUACAUGUGCUAUGAGGUGGGUCUCUUUCUCAAUGGACUUCUGACAGGCUCUAGAGUUUCAUACUGCCUUGUCAAGCAGGACAGUUUGUGAGGCAAGCGGCAAAAAAAAGCAAUUGGGAUUUCUCAAGUUAAUAUGAAGAAGGCUAUGCUUCAGGAUCACAAUGAUGCAUAAUUUCAUACUUAAUUACUUUCUUCUGGUCAUUACAUUUUCAGCGGUAACACAACCAUAAUCGCAAAAUAGUCAGAGCCUUUUGUAUUUGCAUGAGAUGUUUUUCAACGACGAGUGUGUUGUGAUUUGGAGUAUGUUUUUAAUUCAUUGCCUCUUCCUGUAGUAUGUGAUGUCAGGCUGGGGGACGGGCUACACGUUCCACUGUGACCUAGUGGACUACUCAGACUCGCCGCAGGCAGUGAGGGUAAGAGCUGUGGAAUGUGACUACCUGCUACAGACAGGUAGAGAACUACUACUGGCCGUUCCCCUCUUCUCAUUAACAACAAUUCACCUGUGGAAUCCGCCACUGACUCUAGAAUGCUAACAAGCUGUUGGAACAAAGAAGCAUUGAGAGCAGGUCAUUCCAUAGGCCACGUUUCCUGUGUUGCAUAAUAUCAUGAGUUGUGUGGUGAGGCCUGUUAGGUCGCCGCCAUCCCACCAAAACAUCCGGCAGUCUUUUUAAACAGCUCUUACACUAAAAGGGCAUUAUAAUAAUUUUCACAAUAUUAUUCCAACCUCAUAUUGUGGAAAUGCAUAUAAAACAGGAAAAUAAUUGUUUGUUUUACUUUAAAAGGUCAGUGCUGUGACAGAAGUAAUACAGAGGUACGCGUUUUGCUUAUCUGUAAGUAUUGUAAUUAUUCCUGUGUUACUAAUAACCUCUCUCAUCUCUCUCUCUCCUUAGAUGGCCGGGACGUGUUGGCUCUACUACUUGUCAAAGUUCAUAGAGAUGUUGGACACAGUAAGUUGGUUCUCUUGAGUACAACUUUCUGACUAUCUGUGUCUCGCUUGUUCAGAGGGGUUGGGUUAAAUGCGGAAGACACAUUUUGGUUGAAUGCAUUCAGUUAUGCAACUGACUAGGUAUCCCCUUCCCAGUUCUGUCAGUUUCACUGUUGUUCUGUUCAGUGUUAAAUGGCUGAAUACUCCCUCCUGUCAGAUUUUCUUUGUUCUGAGGAAGAAGAACGGACAGAUUACUUUCCUCCAUGUCUACCAUCACUCCAUCAUGCCCUUUACCUGGUGGUUUGGGGUCCGGUUCGCUGCAGGUACAGUGGACAACAACUUGAGUUACUCCCAUCACUGUAUUAAACUACUCACAAAUGGGCAUAUUACCAGAUGUAUGUAAUGAUGGUCUGUACCAGAAAAAUGUCAGUAUUCCAUAGAAGCUUUUAUAGGAAGUGGAACAAAGAAACCUGCCCAUUUAGGGAUAGCGUUGCCCUAUAGAACAGCAAAUCAUAACUGCUAAUUGCUUGUCUCGUCCUCUAGGUGGCCAGGGGACAUUCCAUGCCCUGUUGAACUGUGUGGUCCAUGUCAUCAUGUACUCCUAUUAUGGCCUGUCUGCCCUGGGCCCCGCCUACCAGAAGUACCUCUGGUGGAAGAAGUACCUCACCACCAUUCAGCUGGUACAUACUGCACUUCACUACUUCACUAGCGGGGAGUUGAAUUUGAACCAAUACAAGAGAAAGCCACCCAUACGUUUUUAUGGACAAGGAUAUGAUUCUACUGGGCCACUUGGGAUGGUCUCAUAUGUUCAAAACAAGUAAUAUAUGACCUUCCUCUGUCUGUCCUCAGAUCCAGUUUGUGAUCGUGACCACCCACAUCUGGCAGUACUUCUUCAUGAAGGACUGUCCCUACCAGUUCCCCAUCUUCAUCUACAUCAUCGGCCUCUACGGCCUGGUCUUCCUCCUCCUCUUCCUCAACUUCUGGUACCACGCCUACACCAAGGGCAAGAGGCUGCCCAAGGUCCUUCAGGCCAAAACCUGGGCCCACCCCUACAACAAAACCAAUGGCCAAAACAACAGUGAAAUAACUAACGGGAAUGGUUUCCAUCACAACAAGGAUGAUUGA